AUGGACGAACGCCCUGCGUUCCCCCUCCCUCACCCUCUCCUCCCUCCCUCACCCUCUCCUCCCUCCCUCACCCUCUCCUCCCUUCCUUCCCUUUCAACCCCCCCACGAACAACCCUGCCUUCCCCCCUCCUUCCUAUUCCCCCUCUAUCAGCCCUGCGCAUUCCGCCCCUCACUAUAAUCACGGAGGCGGCAGCUAUGGACGAGCGCGGUCAGGUGGCGGCGCUGCUGGCAGCAUCUGGGCAGAACGGACAGCUCUUUCCCACCCUGCUGCCGCCCGAGUCGCCGCCCGACGGCCGCCCGGUGCCUCGCAACGUGAACGUGGCUCGUGUGCCAGUGGACCAGCGGAGGGUGGCUCGGGCCGACGCUGCUAAGAUGAGGAGAGCGCUGGAUAAGAGCACAGUGACAGUAGGUCUGUACGUGAAGAAGGAAGAGCUCUCAGAGGACUAUUUCACGGAGGAGGGCGAGGAGGUGGUGGAGGAUGAGGGGGAGAAGCUCCUGUCGCGGGGCAUAGGGGAUAUCUCUGCUGUGGUGUGGCCCAACCAGCGGUUGUUUGUGUGGCAGUCUGGGUUCCGUUUCGACCGCCUGCAGACCACCACGAUGCUCUUCAAGGGCCUGCCGCCUGCACACUCUGAUAGCAACACCAGUGCAGAGGGGACAAUAAGGCAACUGGAAGGUGCAGCAGCACAUGAGCAAGGCAGGGAGGGCAGGCAGAGAGAGGAAACAGAGGCAGCACAUGAGGAGGCAAGGGAGAUGCAGGCAGGGAGUUGGAGCAUGCACAUCCCACCGCCCCUGCAGGUGCCUUACCCGCUCAAGGCGCCCCUGCCAGCCCUUGUGAGUCGGCAUGUGACGGCAGCAGGUGCUGCUGCUGCGGCACGGCCGGUGGCAGGGCAGCAGGCUGGGGGGGAGGCAGAGGGGAAACGAGGCGGCGCUCCAGCCACAGCCACAGCCACAGCCCCAGCCCCAGCCCCAGCCCCAGCCCCAGCCCCAGCCCCAGCCCCAGCCCCAGCCCCAGCAGAGGCAUGCAAGGAGCAGAGCAGCAGACAUUCGCCCUUGAAAAGCACUGGCUAA